AAUUCACGGCACUAGAGCUGCUGCUUGUCAGGCCACAUCAAAAUAGCCCCCGUUCGCCUAUCGUCGGAAAAGAGCCACGGCCUUUCUUGGCCUAUCAAAUGCCCCUUGCCCCUUGCCCCACCCCCACGGCCACGGCACUCCUCCCUCACCCCACCUCCUAUCUCCACCAUACCCACCCCUUGUAUUCGCCGUCUCCUAUCGCCACUGCCAUCGUCUGUUGGGUUUCUCACUCAUCUCCUAGCCAGCCGUGGGUGGCUACGAGUCAGACUCAUCCGCUUUCAUCGCAACGUGCGCACCACAAGCCGUAGAGGGGACGAUAACUAUCCGUAGAAGUGCUUCUUGGAACGCCUUGGAGUGCCUUGGAGGGGCCUUGGAGUCCGUGACACCAGCCAUUGAGGUGCACUGAGUAGCUUCGCAUUGCGCAUUCCUCGCAGCCAAAGAAACGCCUCGCUUUCCAACGGCCCAAGCUGUUCCUCUGCCGCUGCAACACCGCCGUCUCGCCAUAGUGGCUGUUUCUUACUCAUCCCGUAGAGUCACAUUCGUGUAGCUCGUGCGCCGCGUGCGCCUUUGAGACGCCUCAAACGGUUCCUCUCACCGCCGCCUUUGAGGCGCUUUGCAUCUGCUGCGCUUCGUGGGACCGCACCGUCGCAAGACUGCUCCAGACGUAGUUAACCGGGCCUGUAUUGCGUUGACCGGGUUGACAAGCUCCGGGUUGACAAGCCCACAGCGGUUCGAACGUUCCAUUCUUUCAUUCUUUCUGCCGGUCAGCGUCCACUCAGACGGUCAACGUCAUAUUUGCCGGCCGGUUUCUUUGCUUUGACGGCCUGUACUCGUUAUUGAGUGCCUCGCGUCAAGAUGCCGCCAAACAGCAGCCCCUGGUCGCCUGCAGCGUGUAUACCGUCCAUCCCAAUUCCCGAGCUCUGCCUCCCUACCACUGUCGCAUGCGCGGAUGUGGCGUCGCCGUGCGACUCCAUCAAGAUAGAGGCGAGGAAGAGCGAGCGGGUUACCAGCGGCGCGCGACUAGAGCGGUCGCCUAGCCAAGCGUACCGGGAAAUUCUGGCGGACAAAUGGUUCGCUUCCGCGUGGUUCUUUGUUCUCGUAGCGAUUCUCUUUACAUCGAGCUUUUCGUGUUUCCUCAUCUUCGUGGGGCUGUUCCCCAUCUGGAUCAUAGUCGAGGCCGUGUUCAGAUACUUCCGGUACCAGCAGUACCGCCUGUACAGCGACAACUAUAUCGAUCCGCCGCUUCCUGCUAUCGAGAACAUAUCGCGGCUCCUCGAUCAUGUCCUCUCAUUGGCUAAGUAUGUGGAUUACGAGGAGUUCGUCGGAGGCUGGUUCCUCGGCACGCGUGUUAAGGACCUCACCCGCGAGCACGUGCGACAAUUUAUCUCCUUCGGAUUCUAUCACAGGUUCUACAACGAGCUGUCUCCCGAAUAUCAGGAAGCCGUUCGAGACCACGUGGUCCGCACAGAGCGCGCCAUCGGCCUCAUCCCCGAGGUCCUCCCCCUUCCCCCUCCCGCUCCCCUUCCUCCGCCGCCUCCUCCCCGCCCUCCUCCGCGCGCCCCUCCUUCUCCGCCUAUCAACCCGUCGCCGUCCACCCAACCAAACCAGCCGCAGCCUCAGCAGUAGGUCCGGCGUCAGGUCCGGCAGCAGGUGCGGAAGACGAUGAUGCAGGGUCGGAGAGUGGGGAGGUUGCUGUCUACCCAUGCAGCCAGGAGGAGGAGAGAGCGGGAGCAGCCAUGGGGGAAGCCGAUGGUACUGCUAGUGCAGAUGCUGAUGCAGAUGCUGCUGCGGAUGCUGCUGCUGCUGGUGCUGGUUGUGCUGGUGGCUGUGCGGGGAUGGGUGCGAGGAGGACGAGGAAGCCCGAGGUCAAGUUCAUGUCGCACUGCAGGGAGCCCAUCCGCGCCAUCCUGCACCCCUUGAUCCUCUACGUCUGGGGCCACUUCAUUGGCUGCUUCACGAGCCUCGCUAUGCGCUACCUCGGAUUCAGCAAGCACUUCACAGCGGAUGGCUUUAAGUACUGGGUCAGAGAGCCCAGCCCCCCUCUUACUCUACAACCGCUUUUACUAUGAUCAACUCGCUUUCGGCUGCACGCGCAGAUGCUGACCGCGCUAAAAGCGGGGCAGCUCCUAGCGCGGAUGGCACUUGCAGCAGGGAAAGUAGCAGCAGCAGCGGGGAUAUGGGUUUCGGGUGCAGCGGCAGCAGUUUUGGCAGGAGCAGCAGCAGAGAUAGCAGCAGCAGCAGCGGCGGGAGCAGCAGGGGGAGCAGGGAGGGUGGGAGUAUGGCGUACGCUGCUUAUUCGAGUGUGGCUGGUGGGAGCGUGGAUUACAGCGAGGAUGAGGAGGAGGGGUGGUGUUUGUGCACGGGCUGGGCAUUGGUCUCACACCUUACCUUGGGUUUAUCGGCAUGAUGAAGAGGACGUACCCCAAUAAGAAAUUCAUUGUAGCGGAGAUGCCUCAUCUAGCCUUCCGCCUCUCCUCCGCCUCACCAACCAUUGACGACAUCGUGGCAGGGUUAGCUGAGGCCCUGCAGGCACAAGGACUGAAGAGAGCAACGUUUGUGGGCCACUCCUAUGGCACCUUCGUCCUUGCUCAGUAUGUGCGCAAGCACUUUGGCACAGUGGCAGCCCUAGGAUUGAUGGACCCUGUCUGCUUCCUGCUCUGCAUCCCCAAGACUCUUCUCAACAUGAUCUACAAGACCCCUGAGAAUAUAAUGGAUGGUCUUCGGUGGUUCUUCUGCGCUCGGGAGCUGCAGGUGGCUCGAUCGCUGUCCCGCAACUUUGACUG